GCGGGUGGCGAGCCGCGCGAGGACCGGAGCCGGCGUGAGGUCGGCGGGGCUGCGGCGGCCGCGCUUCCCAGCCGAGGCCGCGGGGCCGCCCUCGCCCCCACCGCCGCCGCCAUGCCCAUGAAGGGCCGCUUCCCCAUCCGCCGCACCCUGCAGUACCUGGGCCAGGGAAGCGUGGUGUUCAAGGACGCGGUGAAGGUCAUGACGGUGAACUACAACACGCACGGGGAGCUGGGCGAGGGCGCCAGGAAUUUUGUGUUUUUCAACAUCCCUCAGAUCCAGUAUAAGAACCCUUGGGUGCAGAUCAUGAUGUUUAAGAACAUGACGCCGACUCCCUUCCUGCGGUUCUAUCUCGAUUCUGGGGAGCAGGUCCUGGUAGAUGUGGAGACCAAGAGUAAUAAGGAGAUCAUGGAGCACAUCAGGAAGAUCCUGGGAAAGAGCGAGGAAACGCUCAGGCAAGAGGAACUGGAGAAGCAGCAGCGAUCUCAUCCGGCCAACUUUGGCCCCCCAAAGUACUGCCUGCGGGAGUGCAUGUGCCAAGUGGAAGGGCAGGUGCCCUGCCCCGGCCUGGUGCCCUUGCCCAAGGAGAUGACAGGGAAGUACAAAGCUUCAUUGAGAGCCAGUGCCCAGGACUAAAACCCAAAGCCAGCAAUGGGUUGGGAUGGUGCCAUCUGGCCAGUGGGAAGGCUGUGUUGGUUACUGCGGCCCUAGGGACGCGCUGGCAGGACUGUGCAGAAGUCCCUGUCGUGAAGGAUGUGGAGAAGGGUGGCCACCAAUAAAGGGCUUAUCUCUUCCCAGCUCACUGGA